GAGCAUCGGCGACCCCUUUGAUCUCUAUGGCCGCGUCGCCGUCACGACGACUGGCACCACAGCGCCAGUGGCUUUGUCACCGUCACGACGACUGACCCCUUUGAUCUCCUCACACCUCACUUAUCCCGCGCAUGCGCCUCACUGGAUCACCCGUCACUGACGUCCGUGCCCUCGACCGCCGCGGCAGCGAUGGCGGCAACGCCGGCCUGGGAGGGAUCCCUCAUUUUCUUCCUGCAACCGCUCUUCCUCCACGGCGUGAGCGCCGCGGCCCACCUCAUCCUCGCGCUCGCCGUCACAGGGCGCUUGCUCUUUCGCCGCCGCCUCUCCGCCGGCCGAACCAAGGACGGGGAGGUGGAGGGAGAUGCCAGCCCCGGCGGCGUUAGCCGGUCCCGGUGCUACCGGGUCGCUGCCUGCACCACGUGGACCCUGGCGGCGUUCGAGGUCCUCCUCGCCGCGUACUCCUGGUACGCGGACGGUGGAGCCGGGUGGUCACGCGACGCGGUCGCGGAACAAGUGGACGCGGCCGCGCGCGCGGUGGCGUGGUUGCUGCUCGCCGCGUACCUACAGUUCGAUUUCGGGCGGCGGCGGCGGCGGCAGCGGCAGCAGGAGCUGUUCCCUGCGCAGCUCAGGCUUUGGUGGGCGCUCUUCAUGCUGCUCUCCGUCGCCACCGUCGGCGCUCACGCGGCGACGAGUCUCGACGGGUUCCUCGUUCCCGGUCGGUCGUGGGCGGUCGACGCCGUCUCUGUUGCUGCGGCAGUGGUUCUACUCUCAGCUGGGUUCCUCGGAAGGCGGGCGGGACGGGGCCAAGGCCAAGGCCAUGCUUCCGAGGAGCCUCUGCUGAACGGCGCGCGCGAGGCGGACAAUGAGAACAGCAGCAGCGCCGACGGCGCCGGCGCAUCCUUGCUCACUGGCGCCGGCUUUCUCAGCGUGCUCACCUUCUCGUGGAUGGCCCCUCUGCUCAGCGUGGGCCACAGGAAGACCCUCGUCCUGGAGGACGUCCCGAGCCUCGAGUCCGGCGACAGCGUUGCUGGCCUGCUCCCGUCGUUCAUGGCCAACCUUGAGGCGCUCACCCGCGACGGCGACAGCUCCAGCCGGAAGGUCGUCACGGCAUUCAAGCUCACCAAGGCCCUGCUGCGCACCGUCUGGUGGCACGUCGCGGUGACCGCGUUCUACGCGCUGGUCUACAACGUGGCCACCUACGUCGGCCCGUACCUCAUAGACUCCCUGGUGCAGUACCUCAACGGCGACGAGAGGUACGCGAGCAAGGGGCCGCUCCUUGUCCUCGCCUUCAUCGUGGCCAAGGCGUUGGAGUGCCUGUCGCAGCGGCACUGGUUCUUCCGCUUGCAGCAAGCGGGGAUGCGCGCGCGGUCGGCGCUCGUCGCCGUCGUGUACCAGAAGAGCCUCGCGCUUUCCAGCCAGUCGAGGCGGAGCCGAACAAGCGGAGAGAUGAUUAACAUCAUCAGCGUUGACGCCGACCGCGUCGGCAUCUUCGGAUGGUACAUGCACGACCUCUGGCUGGUGCCGUUACAAGUAGGCAUGGCAAUGUUCAUCCUCUACUCCACGCUGGGGCUCGCGUCGCUUGCCGCGCUGGGUGCAACCGUGGUCAUCAUGCUCGCCAACGUGCCUCCCGGGAAAAUGCAGGAGAAGUUCCAGGAGAAUCUCAUGGACAGCAAGGACGUCAGGAUGAAGGCGACGACUGAGAUCCUUCGCAACAUGAGGAUUCUCAAGCUGCAGGGGUGGGAGAUGAAAUUCCUGUCCAAGAUUAUUGAGCUGAGGAAGACAGAGACGAAUUGGCUAAAGAAAUACCUCUACACAUCGGCCACGGUGACCUUCGUCUUCUGGGGUACCCCGACCUUCGUUGCUGUGGUCACCUUUGGAGCUUGCAUUCUCAUGGGGAUCCCGUUGGAGUCAGGGAAGGUGCUGUCAGCAUUGGCCACGUUCCGCGUGCUGCAGGAACCGAUAUAUGUCCUUCCUGACACUAUCUCGAUGGUGAUCCAGACCAAGGUGUCUCUUGACAGGAUAGCAUCAUUCCUAUGCCUUGACGAGCUGCCAAGUGAUGCUGUGCAGAGGCUUCCAAGUGGUAGCUCUGACUUUGCAAUCAACGUCAACAAUGGGUGCUUCUCCUGGGAAGCCUCACCUGAAGUCCCAACACUGAAGGACCUGAGCUUCCAAGCUAGGCCAGGCAUGCGCGUUGCUGUUUGUGGGACAGUUGGCUCCGGAAAAUCGAGCCUGCUAUCUUGCAUUCUUGGUGAGAUUCCAAAGUUAUCAGGAGAGGUCCAGACUUGUGGAACAACAGCAUAUGUCAGUCAAUCAGCAUGGAUACAGAGCGGCAAAAUUCAGGAGAAUAUACUGUUUGGCAAAGAGAUGGACGCAGAGAAGUAUGACAGAGUACUUGAGUCUUGCUCGCUGAAGAAAGACUUGGAGAUCUUGCCAUUUGGUGAUCAGACAGUCAUUGGCGAGCGGGGCAUCAACCUUAGUGGUGGGCAGAAGCAAAGGAUUCAGAUAGCCCGCGCUCUGUAUCAGGAUUCCGACAUCUAUUUGUUCGAUGAUCCAUUCAGUGCAGUUGAUGCCCAUACAGGAUCCCACCUUUUUAAGGAAUGCUUGCUUGGGGAUUUGGGCUCAAAAACAGUGGUUUAUGUCACUCAUCAGAUUGAAUUCCUACCUACCGCUGACCUCAUUCUUGUCAUGAAAGAUGGGAGAAUAGCACAAUCAGGAAAAUACGACGAAAUACUAGGUUCAGGGGAAGUGUUCAUGGAGCUAGUUGGUGCUCACAAGGAUGCUCUGACAACAUUGGAUGCGAUUGAUUCCAUGAAUGGAGGCAAUGUGCCCUCUCCUUCAAGUGGCAAAGCAAACCCGAAGCUGUCCAGAUCACUGUCAUCAGUUGAGAAGAAAGAUAAAGCCAACAAUGAUGAAGAGAAUGCUCAGAGUGGGCAGCUGGUGCAGGAAGAAGAAAGGGAGAGAGGUAGGGUGGGGUUCUGGGUCUAUUGGAAGUACCUCACACUAGCUUAUAAGGGAGCUCUUGUACCGUUUGUGUUGCUAGCACAGAUACUUUUCCAAAUACUUCAAAUUGUGAGUAAUUACUGGAUGGCUUGGGCUGCUCCCGUGUCAAAGGAUGUUGAGCCUCCAGUGAGCAUGUCAAUACUGAUCUAUGUCUAUGUCAUCCUGGCUCUUGGAAGCUCAUUGUGCAUCCUUGUAAGAUCACUGUUCCUUGCAACAGCUGCCUACAAAACAGCGACUUUGUUAUUCAACAAGAUGCAUUUGUCCAUAUUCAGAGCUCCUAUGUCUUUCUUUGAUUCCACUCCAAGCGGGCGCAUCUUGAAUAGGGCUUCAACUGAUCAAAGUGAAGUGGACACUAACAUUUCUAACCACAUGGGCUUUGUUGCAUUUUCCGUCAUUCAACUUAUUGGAAUUAUUGUGGUGAUGUCUCAAGUUGCAUGGCAGGUCUUCGUUGUUUUCAUCCCUGUAUUUGCUACCUGUGUCUGGUAUCAGCGAUACUACAUUGACACAGCUAGGGAGCUGCAAAGGCUAAUAGGAGUUUGCAAAGCUCCUACCAUACAACAUUUUGCAGAAUCAAUAACAGGAUCAACUACCAUUAGAAGUUUCGGCAAGGAAAAUCAGUUUGUGUCAACUAAUAGCCAUCUAGCAGAUGCCUACUCUCGACCGAAAUUCUACAACACUGGAGCAAGGGAGUGGCUUUGCUUUCGUCUGGAUGUGUUGUCAUCUCUUAUAUUUGCCUUCUCUUUGAUAUUUUUGAUCAAUCUACCAACCGGCCUCAUUGAUCCAGGUAUUGCUGGCCUUGCUAUCACAUAUGGGCUUAAUCUGAACAUGCUUCAAGAAUGGGUUGUCAGGGGCAUGUGCACUUUGGAGAACAAGAUAAUAUCAGUAGAGAGAAUUCUACAGUACAUUAGCAUUCCUGCAGAACCCCCGCUUGUUAUGUCAGAAGUUAAGUUGGCUCAUAACUGGCCAUCUAGUGGAGAAAUUCAGCUCCAUAAUCUCCAUGUGAAAUAUGCACCGCAAUUGCCAUUUGUUUUGAAGGGUCUUGCAGCCACUUUCCCGGGGGGCAUGAAAACCGGUAUUGUUGGAAGAACAGGAAGUGGCAAAUCAACCCUCAUUCAGGCCCUUUUCCGUAUUGUGGACCCUACUAUUGGUCAGAUACUAAUAGAUGACGUCAACAUUUGCACAAUUGGACUGCAUGAUCUGAGAUCCAGGCUGAGCAUCAUUCCGCAAGAGCCAACAAUGUUUGAAGGAACUGUUAGAAGUAACCUUGAUCCUCUUGGGGAGUACUCUGAUGAUAAAAUCUGGGAGGCUUUGGAUUGUUGUCAGUUAGGGGAUGAAGUUAGGAAGAAGGAGCUGAAGCUUGACUCGCCAGUGAUAGAGAAUGGCGAGAACUGGAGUGUGGGCCAGCGUCAGCUUGUGUGUCUUGGUAGGGUAAUUCUGAAACGGAGUAAGAUCCUUGUCCUGGAUGAAGCCACUGCUUCAGUGGAUACUGCAACUGACAACUUGAUCCAGAAAACACUGAGACAGCAAUUUUCAGAGACGACAGUCAUCACGAUAGCGCACAGGAUCACAUCGGUUCUUGACAGCGACAUGGUGCUGCUUCUUGACAAUGGCGUGGCUGUCGAGCACGACAGGCCGACAAAAUUGCUGGAGGAUAAGUCGUCUCUGUUCUCAAAGCUCGUAGCAGAAUACACCAUGCGGUCGGUGCAUACAUAGCAGACGACUGAAGAUGAUUAUUUCUUCUACUCAGUUAUUACUCAGGCUGACUUGUCGAAAAUGACAAAAAUUUGGUAGAUUGCGCUAGCGCAAUCAGGAAGAGGAAUCACAAGAGCUGAUGGGUAGUUACGUUUAAAGAAAACUCCUGAACAUUAUAUGCUUGACCACUGACCAUGUGGAAUGUUCAGAGAUGUUGUAGCGCUACAUUUUGGUGGAGGUAACACAUCUAAAUAAAACAGCAAAGUAUUUGCAGCUUUUCAUGCUGGAGAACAAAACAUAUCGACAGCAUUCAA